GAUCGCCGGCCAGGCAGCCGGCGGCAGCAGCAGCUUGCUGUGCAUGUACGUACGUACAUGUACGUACGUAUACCUCUCGCGCGCCCCUGCAUAAAUCUAUGACGCACGUACAAGCGCGUAGGUGUUGAGAACAUGCGCAGUGCUAGUGAAUGAAGCGCCUAGGGCUAACUAGCUCUCUCGAUGAAAAUGGCAGACAUAUUGAGCAAACGAGUGAUGGAGGUAUGUACUCGAGGACUGUUACAUGUUAAGAACGAACUGCAAAUUUGUUCAUCUGACAGUUAUGUGUAACACACCAGGAUGGUGGGACUAUUCACUCGCAAAUCACCAAUGAUGCUGCUGGAGUUUUCAGGACAAGACUGAGUGUGACUAGGAAUUUGGAAUAUUGAUCAGUACACUGCAUGCAAACAUGGAAGGAUUUCAAGCUGGCAAAAAAUACUUUUCUCCCCGUCUACUGGAUUAUAUAUUAAUUGUGGGAAGUCGCCAUCCAUAUAGCAACAAUAAUGUUGCACAAACACCAGAAAUGCUACGUCGUUACCCUCAAGAUGACCACCCAGAUUUUCCGUUACCUCAAGAUGUUGUGUUCUUUUGUCAGCCAGAAGGUUGCCUCACAGUUGGACAGAAGAAAUUGAGCCUCAGAGAAAACACAUCCUUUGUUUUUACUUUGACUGAUAAAGACAGCGGAAGAGCAAGAUAUGGUAUUUGUGUCAACUUCUAUCGGCCCUUUAAAUCCUCUGAUAGAAAGAUGGAACAUCAGAAUGAAAAGGCUUUGCAUAACGACAGAGAGAAUUCCAACAGAAAUGGAACUCUAAGUGUGCCCUCAGAUGAAGGACAAAGGAAAAGGUCACCAAGAACUCGUAGAAAACUCAAGCAGGCCAAGAAAGUUCGCAAUAAUUCCCUGACAUCACUGUGCAUACUGAGUCAUCAUCCUUUCAUCUCUACCUUCAGAGAGUGUCUGUUCAUCCUAAAGCGGCUUAUUGAUUCCUGUAAUGACAGAACAUGCAGUCGAAAAGUAGGUGGCUCCAAAGGAUCAUUAAGAGAUUGUGUAUGGGGUGUUUUGACUGGCAUAUGCAGUGACAUACCUCCUCUUGUCAGACAUGAUGUUCGUCAGAUCGAAACAUGGAUACUGCGUUUUCUGAGUGCUCCAGUUCCUGUUCCAGGGAAAACACGUGUAGAAAUACAAGUCCUGGAUACACAACCACCCAUGGUAUUUGCUUUGCCAGAUCACACACGCUUCUCACUGGCAGAUUUUCCACUUCACUUACCUCUGGAAUUGCUUGGAGUGGAUACUUGUCUCAGGGUCCUCACUCUUAUCAUGCUAGAGAACAAGGUUGUGUUGCAAUCACGUGAUUAUAAUGCACUGUCUAUGAGUGUGAUGGCAUUUGUUGCCAUGAUUUACCCAUUGGAGUACAUGUUUCCUGUUAUUCCAUUGCUACCGACAUGUAUGGGAUCAGCAGAACAGUUGCUUUUGGCUCCAACACCGUUCAUCAUUGGUGUGCCAGCUAGUUUCUUCUUGUACAAACCCUACUUCAAACUCCCCGAAGAUGUGUGGCUUAUAGAUCUUGACACAAAUAAAAUUACAUUCUGUGGAAGAUAUGAAGAAGUUCCAGUGCUGCCUGAACCAGAAGGAUCAGUGCUCAAAAAACAUUUCAAACAGGCUUUGACCAGCAUGAGCCUUAGUCCUCCACCAAUCAAAGACUUUGAGCAAUCCAGAGGAGAAGUUGAAGCCAUAAGCAGACGUAGAGAGACUUUCUCAGAUGAAACGGGUUUCAAUCCAUUCAUUUAUGGCAAUGAUGUGGACUCUGUUGAUGUGGCAACACGUGUUGCGAUGGUCAAGUUUUUCAACUCUCCCAAUGUGAUGGCACACCACAACGAGCAUACUCGCACACUCAGGUUACAUCCAAGACCUGUGGUUGCCUUUCAAGUCCACAGCUUUCUUCAGUCACGAAGUGUUCUGACCACGUUUUGUGAACGACUUGCUUCAACCCAGGCUGUAGAGUUCUUUGGUGAAUACUGCUUGAACCCAACAAACGUGACAUUUUUACGAAUUCACACUGGAGUGUAUGACCCUCAACUCAUCGGUGACAAGGCCAAAUGGUUUCUGGAGCAGUUGCAGCCAAUCAACUUCAAGGUACAGUUUGACAACUGCACUUUGGGGAUUCCAGUUAACAGUGGUACUGAGGCUUGGUCUGAUUCAUCUAAUCCUACUGAUGAAAGUGGUGAGGAGUCAGAUGGAGGUAGCAGUAGUAGCUCAUCAUACUCCUCACUAAAUGAUUUUGUCACUGACAUGAUGAAUAGUGACAUCCAGGGAGAUGUGUUAGCAGAUGAUGAAGAGACCUCGGGCUUGAGGAGCCAGGUAGAUGAAACCAGCAUUUACCAUCCUCCUGAUACAUUGCAAAUUCCUGCUGACAUGUCACAGAGUGACUCUGCUUACUCAUUUCCAGAAACUGAUUCAUCUAGUAGUCAGGAUACGACAUCUCCUGAGUCAUCAGAUGGUGAAGAGCUUUGCAUUGCAUCAGGCUGGAGGAGUAAGACAGGGCAAGAUAUGGAAGCAGACAGUGAUGCUGAUGCAGAUAGUAUUCAGUAUGACUCGGACACAUCUGCACAAGUGACUCGAUUGAACCUCAAACACAAACCAGCCGCAGCUGGUACAGUAUCAUCAAGCAAUGCACCAGACAGUCCAUCAUUGGAUGCUGAUGUAAGAAGACGAGGAAGUGGCAAAGAUGAGCGCUCAUCACCCACAUUCCUAGAGAAGGUCAAUGCACUCUUUCGAUCUGAUUCAUCAGAUUCUUCCACCCCACCGACACCCACUAGGAAGAAGCCAUCUUUGUUGAAGAAUAUCAUGGAUCUGGCUUUGGAAACGACCUCGAGCAAGGAACCAGUUGGGUCACCAACAUCUAUUGCAAGCACAGACGCACAUGAAUAUAGUCCCAGUGUGCGAUCAGAUCCUGGGCCAUAUCGAGGUAGUAGUGCUGCUCAUGCUAACACUAUGGGCUUACCGCUUAGAAAGAAGAAACCAACAUCACCGUUUCCUAGAGAUACGCGUCGUUCAUUAGUGGAACGUUCUUCAUUAAUCAAACACAGCUCUACCAAGAAACCAGACAAAGAUCGGAAAAGAUUGUCCAUCUCAGAAGACAGACCUAACAGCAAGAAUGAUCGAUCAAUGAAGACAUUAAUUGAUGACCAACUUUUUAUCAAAGAGAUCACCAGAGGGGUGCUUGAAGGCAACAAUGUAGGUUGGCUCAACUGGUCUCGCCUCAAGAAGUUAAUGCAGAGUGAGAAUAUGAGAGCGCAGGUUAUAAGUCAGCUAUCCCCACAAGAGAAUACAACAGUACUAGAUGAUUACAUCGAAGACACGCAAGUGAGCAAAGCAGUGUAUAAGGGGAUUGUAUCUGUCUUGAAGGCUGUGAUUGCCGGACUGGAAUACUCUUUCUAUACCCAGCCAAUAGGAGGAUUUGCCAGUGCAUAUGCCCUCCUUGAGAUUGCUCACACACACUACUUUGGAAAGGAACCUGAUAAAGGCAAGAAAGCUCAUUUGCAUGGUGAUGGGAUUAGAAGUGAGAGUGCUUAUGCCAUUGAGGGUUCAGUGGUUGUCACACCAGAUGAACAGCAUGGUGGCAGCAUGGCUGCCAUUCCUGAAACACAUAGUCUCAAUGAGGAUAAUUUUAUUGCUGCUAUAGAGAGUUGGGAGAAAAGAGGUUCUGUAGUGAGUAGCAGCAGUACAAGCACAGAAGAAGGCGCAAUCAGAGUGAAUUCUCCUCUGGUGGAAGAUAAUCGUAAUGACAGUGCCUAUGAAUUAAUUGACAUGUCUGAAGUGAGUGUGGGUGGAAGCACAGGUGCCGGGGUGCAUGGAGCUGUUGGUAUAGCGGCAGGAGUUGCUGUAACAGGUGCAAUAGGGUCCAAGGUGGACGUUGAGUAUCCAGGAGAGCACAGUGACAACAAAACACUCCAUUCAGAAGACGAACAUGCACCAUGCAUCAAAGACAUGGUCAACAACAACAAUAGCAGCAGCAUAGAUGAAGGAAUCACAUUCCAAGCGAAGAAAGAUGACACCGAUGUCAUUCCAGACAACAGUAAAAGCAUGGAACCAAGAGAGAUCAUUGAACGCAGAGAAAAGUUCUCAGAGAAAAUCUCCAGCUUAGAUUCUGAGUUAUCUGAAGCAAGUACAUUAGUGAGCUACAACAGCACAGACACACUAGGGAAUGAGAGUGACAGUAGUUCCACCUGUGGUGAUGGUCGUGUACGUCGUACUCGCAUUACACAUCAGUCAAUACGAUCCGUCAUGUCAGACAGCGAAGUGGAACUAAAUGGGCUAUCUUCAUUUAGUGGAAGACACCGUUCUCCAACCACUUGGAGUUCCAAAAGCUGUGUAAGUGCUGGCUUCCGAUAUCAUGGUGGCAACAUGAUUGCAACAGACACAGAUGCUUCAGAGUUGCUGCUACGACACUAUGUGUUUGAGGCAUUGAUUGCAGCCAAGGAUAGGUCGCCCUUAUGGGACCAGGUUCAAUUUUGGGAGGAUUCCUUUCUGGAUUCUGUAGCAGCUGAGAGGGAUGCAGUUGGCAUGGAUCAAGGACCUGCUGAAAUGAUUCACAGAUAUGACUCCCUUACUCCAAGUGAAAAGAAGAGACUUGAAGAAGAUGAAGACAAACUCCUUGCGGAUAUGUUGUCCAAUGCCAUAGCGUUCAUGAUUAUGAUGAAAUUACCCAAGCCAGAAGUAAAACGUAAAGUUCGUCGUUUAUUGGGACGGUCUCACAUCGGUUUAGUCUAUAGCCAAGAGGUGAAUGACCUACUGGAUCAAAUCAACAAUCUGCAUGGCAAUGACAUUGAUCUGAAGCCAUCAGGCAGUAAACGUAUGCGGAAACAUUCAUUUGUGGUUCAUGCUGGGACUGACACUAAAGGAGAUGUGCUUUUCAUGGAGGUAUGUGAUGACUGCGUAAUCAUACGUAGUGGAAGUGGUGCUGUUUGUGAUCGCUGCUGGUAUGAGAGACUCAUCAACAUGACUUACUGCCCUAAAACAAAAGUCUUGUGUCUCUCACGAAGACUUACUAGCACAACUCGUCUGGACAAGUAUUACACUAAAAAGUGUCGUGAGUUGUACUUUUGCAUCAAGGAAAGCAUGGAAAAAGCUGCUACUCGUCAAAAAAACGGCAUCUCUGGAGGUAAGUCAUCAAAGAGGACAUGUGAUCUCUUGAUUGUUUUGUACUUAUCAAAUCAAAAACCUUUAAAAAAAUAAAAUUUGUUUCAAUCAAAGGAUUCAAAACUGCCAAAAAUACGCACAAAAUUCUAUGCAGUUGAUACCGACCCAGCAGCAUGAUAUUCGCCACUUCCGCCAAUCCCUCGUGCCACACCGAAUAUUUGGUGUCUUUGUCUUCAAAACAAAUGUGGUUAUUUACCCGGCGAUACCCUGUUAUUUAACCGGCAGUUUUCGUUGUCUCACAGCAGUGUUGCUGUACUGAAUGAGUGAGACUUUACACAGGGUGAGUGUCGCACGAGUCGCAAGCCAGUCACCCUUUACCUACGCUACCAGUUACCGUCCAGUCAGCGUGAUAUUUCGCUAUUCGCAAAUCCCUCACGCUGCACUGAAUGCUCAAUUCUUUUGCCUUCAACAUAAAUGCCACUAUACAUGUAUAACCAGCGAUUUGCU